CCUAACCAAGAAACUUUUUUGGCAAGGGCGCGUUUUAAAACUGAGAGCAGCACUAGCAAUGGUACGCGCCACUAUAGGAGAAUGUGACCGCGGUAAUUCAUUAAAUCGACCACUUAAGGAAACAGAUGUAGAAAAUAAAUAAUAAUGUAAAAUUUAUUGUGUUUUUUUAAGGAAGGAAUACCGGCAUAUCAUGGUAGGAUACCGCAAAGUAAUUGAAAAAAGCAUUGUAUUGUCACAUACACCCCUCUCGGUGCAAAUGUUUGGACCCAUUUCGUCAACAUUAUCUUUGAAGCAGUUGAGCGUCACAGCACUGCCGACUGUCAGUGCUGAAUGGAAAUAUCAGCGAUACUGACUUAUUUCAGUCAUAAUUUGCACAAGAUGCAGUGAAUUUUCGGUAGCAUUGAUAUUGUGCUUUUGAAUAAGAGUCUCUCGGAGACAGCUUUUGUAAUUUGAACAGAACAGAGUCUUUGCUUACUUCCGUGGCCGGUGUGCCUGCAUCAUCACUCCCGUCAGGAUGAGUUCUCGGCAGUGUAAGAACUGUGGUGGAGCAGACAUCGACACUGACCAGGCCAGAGGUAGCGCUGUAUGUACGGCCUGUGGGUCUGUGUUGGAGGACAACAUUAUAGUGUCCGAGGUCCAGUUUGUGGAAAACAGCGGAGGAGGCGCCUCGGCCAUCGGCCAGUUUGUUUCUGCAGAUGGUCCUGCAAAGGCCCCAGUCCUGGGCAGCGGCUUCCAUACAAGCCUCGGAAAGGAGUCACGGGCUCAGACGCUUCAGAAUGGGAAACGGCAAAUACACAGUCUGGGGAGCCAGCUGCAACUAAACCAGCACUGCCUGGACACGGCCUUCAACUUCUUCAAGAUGGUGGUGAGCAAGCACCUGACAAGAGGACGCAAGAUGACCCAUGUCAUAGCCGCUUGCCUCUAUCUGGUCUGCCGGACGGAAGGCACACCCCACAUGCUCCUGGACCUGAGUGAUCUCUUACAGGUGAAUGUUUAUAUCCUGGGCAAAACUUUCCUGCUGUUGGCCAGAGAGCUCUGCAUCAACGCUCCUGCUGUUGAUCCAUGUCUGUAUAUUCCACGCUUUGCCCACAUGUUGGAGUUUGGAGAAAAGACCCAUGAGGUGUCCAUGACUGCUCUAAGGCUGCUGCAGAGGAUGAAGAGGGAUUGGAUGCACACAGGACGCCGGCCGUCCGGACUGUGUGGUGCAGCUCUGUUGGUGGCGGCCCGCAUGCAUGAGUUCCGCCGCACGGUGAAGGAAGUAAUACGUGUGGUGAAGGUGUGUGAGGCCACUCUGAGGAAAAGGCUGACAGAAUUUGAGGACACACCCACCAGUCAUCUCACUAUUGAUGAGUUCAUGCGAGUGGACCUGGAGGCAGAGUGUGAUCCCCCUUCUUUUGUUGCUGGUCAGAAGAAGUUAAAGAUGCAGCAGCUGGAAAAAGAGCUGACCAAGAAGCUUGAUGAAUAUCAAGGCGAGAUCAGCUCAUAUCGGGAUGAGAUCGAGACAGAGCUGGAGAACAGCAGGCCCAAACUGAAAGGGAUUUACGCUGCCUACACUAGAGAAGACACACAUGAUGACAGCCUGUCUUUGGCCUCGGAGUUUGCUGGAGAUGAAGAUCUGGAGGAUGAGGACAUGGAGGCUGCAGCCCAGCACCUCAACCAGGACUUCAUCCAGCAGAUGCUUCCCGAGCUGGAGCAGGGGCCUCACAGUGGGACAGAGGCACAAGAGCAGGGUAAAGAACCAGCCGAGCCCUCAACACACGUGCCCCUUACUGUCCUACUGGGACCCCUGCCCAGUGCUGCCAGCCUAGGCCUCACAGAUUCCAUCCGCCAUUGCAUAACAGAGGACAGAGAAGGAGACGAGAAGUCUGAUAGCGGCGAGCUUGAUCUGGAAGGCAUUGAUGAGGACGAGAUCGAAAAGUACAUUCUAAAUGAGAAGGAGGUGCAAGCUAAGACAGAGCUGUGGAUGAAGCAGAAUGAGGAGUAUCUGAGGGAGCAGAAAGAAAAAGAGGAGAGAAUAGCUAAAGAGAAGGAGCAAGGAAUUUAUAAAGAGAAACCCAAGAAGCCGUCCAAGAGGCGAGAGCCCAUUCGAGCCAGCACUGCUGGAGAGGCUAUAGAAAAGAUGCUGGAGCAGAAGAAGAUUUCAAGUAAAAUCAAUUAUGAUGUGCUGCGAGAUCUCAACAGCAAAGGCAGCAGCCCGGCUCAUCAAGCGGAGGAUGUUCCCUGUAGCGGCACCGGGCGAAAGAAGCUCACCCGUCGCAAGAAGCAACCCAACAAAAGCAAUCUCGGCCUGGCCAAGCCUGCUAGUCUCAUGGGGAAAAGGCUCCGCCCACUAAUAUCAUCCAGUCCCAAGAAGAAGAGAGCAGCGGUCCAGGUUAUGCCUAACCCAGUGAUGCUGCCUUUAGCAACCCCUGAGCCCCCUCCUGCACCUACCCCUCCUCCAGUGGUGGAAAGCGGCCCUGUUACAUAUGAGGAGCCCACUGAGGAAGAGGAGGAGGAAGAGGCAGAGGAGCCCUGUGUCAGCGCCAUGGAGCUUAUGGGAGGCAGCGAAUAUGGCUGUGAGGCUGAAGAGGAAGAAGUUUUCUAGUCUGCACUAUUUUUCCCCUUCUUCAGCGAGCGAUGCUUUUCAUCAGCCCCAGAACCCUUCCUUCCUCCCCAUGGAGACAGGAGAACAAGGUUUAGACAUGUGUGCUAUUGUUGUUACCAUGGAAUAUUCCUGUAUCCCUACUUCUUAUGCACCGGAGGACUUGUUCAGCUUCUGCAGCAUCUGGCAGAGUGGAGGGACAUUUUGGGGUUGAACGCAACACUUGAGCAAGACAUGACUUUAAACUGUGUUUUGGACCAUUAGCCUCACGUUAAUCCAGCAGCUGCGCAUUGCUGUAGUCACUUUCGGAAGGGAUGUUUAUCAGACCAUGCCCAUGCCUAAGAGGAAACCUAAUAAGCCGUUAAGCAUCCUGUUAUGUCAGUGAUAUAGCUGGAGACUAAGCUAAAGCAGACACGCAUUCAUUAAUGAAGUAUACACCUCUGUCUCUCUCAGGGGGGAUGGGGAUUGUUCUCUCUCUGGAUGAUUUGUACUGCAUCCACAUUUGGUUUUAAGGUCAUUCACUUUCUAUUUAUCAGUCGACAAUACAGAAGUUUUGAUGCUCUCUUUUACAGACCAGCAGUUGUGAUGUGGAAAGGUGUUGGCAUGUUGAGGUAAAAUUGAGAACAGAGAAAUAUCUUUUUCUCCCUUUAGUUAAUUACAGUUAGCCUAGCUGCACUACUGCAGAAGUCUCAGUCACGUCUGUGGCACAUAAAGAUAUUCAUGUUUCAUAGUAGCAAAGAUAAAUUACAGUAGUAAGAACUAUACUAAGUGAGAAGUUUGUUAGGUACACCUACCUUGUACCUACCCUCAUUGACCAUUUUAUCUGGUACAUCUUCUAAUUGCUGACUAAAAUACCCAGUAGGUUGUUAGGCUGAACACUGAGAUGUAACUUUAGUAACUUUUGUACGGCAUUAAAUCUUUUCAGUGUCAGCUUUUAACAUUCACAGUUCUAUGUGUGAGACGUUGACCAUGUGACAAUCUACUGUCAACUAUUUUCAUCACACCAGGCCCAGAGGAGCUGCUAUGUGCUUACACAUACACAUCUAUCUAUGUACAGUGCAGCUAUGUUUUUACUAUUUUGCACAAUACAAAUACUUCAGAUUUUACCAUACAGUAGUUCUGGUGUUCUCUGUUUCAGAACCCAGCAGUUGUUCCAGAAGCACUGGAGGGUUUGCUAAUAGGUGACAAAUAUUUUGACCAAAAAUGUGAAUAGUUGUAUUUUUUUGGUGCUGUUUUUGUGUGGUAUCUUUUUAAAUGUUAUUUUAGGUUUUUAAACUGUAGAAUAUUCUCACAUAACAUAAUCAUAUGCAUAUGCGUAUAAAUGUAAAUAUGUGUUGUUACAUAGCCUUUUCAUAUUUCACUUGCUUCAUUUUGUUGAAGGUAUACUAUUUUUACUGAUAUACACUGAUACAGUGUAAGAUGCCAUUCUGAUUGUGUUUUAUAUGUUUGUUCAUUAUGUUUAAACAUUUUCUCCAGAUCAAUGUUAAAUUUCAGUGAAAUUUAACAGACUCUUUAAUGAACAGCUGGUAACCUGAGUACAUUCCUGUGUAAUUAAAAUGACUGAAGAAAAAAAACUAAUUGGUAAAUAUUCACCCACCUGUCAGUUUUUAAUGGUGUAUAGAUAUGUAGAUCGCCUGUAGCUCAUUAUUAUUUUCUAUUUGUUAAAAUAUUCAUUAUGUUCAAUACAGUGCUGGAUGAUAUUGUCUUCAUUUUCCCUCUAGAAAUCAUUCUAUCAUCCAAGCAUGUCAGUGUUCAAGUGAACUGUUGUAACAUGUACAGAUUCUUUGUUAUACAUGAGCUGUGGCCCGUAUUAUGACCGUUGCCUGUGCUCGUCUCUCAUUUCUUCAUCAGAAAGACGCACAACCACCGAAAAAUCUCUUGGCGAGUAACACGAGAUGAGCCACAGACCCUCAGGUGUGUGUAUAUGUAUGCGUGUUUGUGUGUGAGAGAGCAGCAGAUGGCCAGCCCUCUGUUCUCCACAUGCCUCACACGUCUCCUUGCCAUAUCACCAUCAGCUCUCGUCACCAGAUUGCUUCAUCAGUCACAUGAACACAUUGAGCCUUAGACCUCCAUUCAGUAAUGCAGCAUUUCCAUUCCAUUAUCAGGAUGGAGGUUCAUCCUGUGAAUCAGUUUGUGCACCUGAGACCCGAGGAACAAAGACCGAACAUCUUGAAGAUGAACUCGAUGAGUAAUGAAGUAGCAAAUCUGUUAUUUCCUCUCUUAUAAUUGAGUUCAAAUGC